UCUGAAGACACACCACUCAUUCCCUUGCGCUCUCAACUCACACGUUCCACCAUGUCUUCUCUUCCUUACCCUUCCAAGCAAUCAUCUGCAAGCGAUCAUAGGCUUAAUUAUCAGUCAACAUCUUCGCGUUAUAACCACGAAAUUAAGGCCACACUAGAAGUAAAAACUGUUGUUCCACCGCCAAGCAGUAGGGGAGGAGGAGAAGGUGCAGCCAUUGAUCAUAAUGGUGUUUUCUUGACUUGGGAGGAUUUGUGGGUGACUGUUUCCAAUGGGAAAAAAGGCAGUAAAUCAAUCCUUCAGGGCUUAACUGGUUAUGCUCAGCCUGGAGAGCUUUUGGCUAUAAUGGGUCCUUCAGGCUGUGGCAAGUCAACACUUCUUGAUACAUUGGCAGGGAGACUGGGUUCAAACACACGACAAACAGGAGACAUACUAAUCAAUGGCCACAAACAAAGGCUGGCUUAUGGUACAUCGGCUUAUGUAACUCAAGAUGAAACCUUAAUCACAACAUUAACAGUCAAAGAAGCUGUGUACUACUCAGCUCAGCUCCAAUUGCCAGACUCAAUGUCAAGGGCAGAAAAGAAAGAGAGAGCAGAGGUGACAAUAAGAGAAAUGGGGCUGCAAGAUGCCAUGAAUACAAGAAUUGGAGGAUGGGGAUCUAAAGGACUUAGUGGUGGUCAAAAGAGGAGAGUGAGCAUUUGCAUAGAGAUACUAACACAUCCGAAACUUCUCUUUCUUGAUGAACCCACAAGUGGGCUUGAUAGUGCAGCAUCAUAUUAUGUCAUGAGCCGAAUUGUUAGAUUUGACAGCAAGGAUGAAAAUAGAAGAACUGUAAUUGCAUCCAUUCAUCAGCCUAGUGGUGAAGUCUUUCAGCUUUUCGACAGUCUUUGCCUGCUCAGUGCUGGUAAAGUAGUGUAUUUUGGCCCAGCUUCUCAAGCAAAUGAGUUUUUUGCCUUAAAUGGCUUUCCUUGCCCGACUCUCCAGAACCCAUCUGAUCAUUUCCUGAAAACCAUAAACAAAGAUUUCGAAACGGAUCCUGAACAAGGUUUAGAAGAUGCAAUUACCGCAGAGGUAGCGAUUAAUACUCUUACAAAGGCGUAUAAAUCAUCAGACCAUUAUCAACAGGUUAAAAGACUAGUCACAGAAAUAUGUGAAAAGGAUUGUGGGACAUUAGAGGAAAGAAGCCACUCUAGCUUCCUUACUCAGUGUCUUGUGCUUACAAGAAGAUCUUUUGUAAACAUGUAUCGAGAUCUUGGGUACUAUUGGUUGCGGGUCGCCAUCUAUGUCGCAUUAGCAUUAGGCCUUGCCACUUUGUUUUACAACCUUGGAUCUGAUAAUGAUUCAAUUCAGGAUAGAGGUUCUCUGCUAAUGUUCAUAGCUUCUUUCUUAACGUUCAUGACAAUCGGAGGAUUCCCUUCUUUUGUGGAAGAUAUGAAGAUAUUUGAAAGAGAAAGGUUAAAUGGGCACUAUGGUGCCACUGCUUUUGUUUUUGGCAACACAUUCUCCGCCUUUCCAUACCUGUUGCUGAUAUCGGCAAUUCCUGGAGCAAUAACUUAUUACCUUCCUGGACUUCACAAGGGAUAUGAACACUUCAUAUACUUUGUUUUAGUAUUGUUUGCUUGCAUGAUGUUGGUGGAGAGCUUAAUGAUGACCGUUGCGAGUAUGGUGCCAAAUUUUCUGAUGGGAAUAAUAACAGGAGCUGGGAUUCAAGGUUUCAUGAUUCUAGGUGGGGGGUUCUUUAGAUUGCCACAUGAUCUCCCUCAGCCAUUCUGGAAGUAUCCCAUGUACUACAUUGCCUUCCAUAAGUAUGCCUACCAAGGAAUGUUCAAGAACGAAUUUGAAGGACUAACAUUUCCUAGCAAUCAAGCCGGAGGGCCACGGACGAUUCCCGGUGAACAAAUUCUGAGAGAUCGAUGGCAAGUGGAAAUGGGUGUCUCCAAGUGGGUUGAUCUUGCCAUUUUGCUUGGAAUGGUGGUUCUAUAUAGAAUUUUGUUCUUGGUUAUUAUCAAGACCACAGAGAAGAUAAAACCUAUUAUUACAGCUAUUGUAUCGGUACGUCCCAAGCAAACAACACAAAUCAUGGAAAUCCCCUUAACUACACCUUCGCAUGGGGAUCAAUCUGUAGUCUAGGAAGAUCAAAUCGCUUGUGUUAGCGAGCAUUGAAGAGUAAAUUUACUCUGCAUGCUACACAGUACUUAAGCUAGUAUCAUGCUCAGCACCUUUUCCUUUAUUAAUGUCUUGGCUAAUAAAAUUCUGUUGCAAGCUCUCAA